UUCCCUCUCCUCUCCUAUUCAGCAUUCAACAUUUCAACACUGCAAUCACUGCCCUAAAGAAACAAACACAGCAACAGUUUACAUUGGUUUCAUAUCGGCCGAAACACCAUGGCUCCACCGAAAUCGAGCCGAAACUUCCCUUCUAUAACCACAUGUAGCGGUUCUUCGUACGAGUCCAUCGCAGCUGACCUUGAUGGAACUCUCCUUAUCUCUAGUAGCUCUCUUCCUUACUUCAUGCUUGUAGCCAUCGAAGCCGGCAGCCUCUUCCGUGGCCUCAUCCUCCUCCUCUCUCUCCCUAUUGUCAUCAUAGCUUACCUCUUCAUUUCCGAAGCCCUCGGAAUCCAAAUGCUCAUCUUCAUUUCCUUCUCUGGUCUCAAGGUCCGCGACAUCGAGCUCGCCGCACGUGCCGUACUUCCUAGGUUUUAUGCGGCGAACGUGAGAUCGGAGAGUUUUGAGGUGUUCGACAAGUGCAAGAGGAAGGUGGUGGUGACGGCGAACCCUACGAUAAUGGUGGAGCCGUUUGUGAAGGACUUUUUGGGAGGAGACAAGGUGCUUGGUACGGAGAUAGAGGUGAACCCCAAGACUAAGAAGGCCACGGGGUUCGUUAAGAAGCCCGGAGUGUUGGUGGGGAAACAUAAGAGGUUAGCCAUUUUGAAAGAGUUUGGUGAGGAAGCACCCGAUCUUGGGAUCGGAGACCGUGAGUCCGACCAUGAUUUCAUGUCAAUCUGCAAGGAGGGCUACAUGGUGCACCGCAGUAAAUCAGUGACUCCGGUCCCACUCGAUCGCCUCAAGAGUCGAAUAAUCUUCCACGAUGGCCGCCUAGUCCAGCGUCCGGACCCAAUCAACGCCCUAAUCACCUACAUCUGGCUCCCAUUCGGAUUCAUGCUCUCAAUCCUACGUGUAUACUUCAAUCUCCCUCUACCCGAGCGAAUCGUACCGUACACGUACGCAAUGCUGGGCAUCAAGCUCAUCAUACGUGGCAACCCACCACCUGCUCCAUCACCUGGGUCCCCAGGAAACCUCUACGUGUGCAAUCACCGCUCAGCCCUCGAUCCAAUCAUAAUAGCCAUAGCACUCGGACGCAAAGUCUCGUGUGUCACAUACAGCGUAAGCCGCCUCUCGAGAUUCCUAUCUCCAAUCCCAGCCGUCGCUUUGACGCGCGAUCGUGCGGCCGACGCUGCGCGCAUCACCUCGCUCCUCCAAAAGGGUGACCUGGUCGUGUGCCCAGAAGGCACCACGUGUCGCGAGCCGUACUUGCUGCGAUUCAGUGCUUUGUUCGCAGAAAUGAGCGAUAGGAUCGUGCCCGUGGCGGUGAAUUGUAAGCAGAACAUGUUUUACGGCACGACCGUGCGUGGGGUCAAGUUCUGGGACCCGUACUUCUUUUUCAUGAAUCCUAGGCCCACGUACGAGGUGACUUUUCUGGACAGGUUGCCGGAGGAGAUGAGCUGUAAGGCUGGUGGUAAAUCGUCGAUUGAGGUUGCGAAUUAUGUGCAGAAAGUGUUGGGUAAUGUGUUGGGUUUUGAGUGCACUGGAUUGACUAGGAAAGACAAGUACAUGUUGCUUGGUGGGAAUGAUGGGAAAGUGGAGUCCAUGUACAAUGCCAAGAAGUGAUAAAUUUUUAGAAAAAUUCUGGUGCCCCGUCUAAAACUAUGACUUUGUCCACAACUCGCUAUGUGAUAAGUUAUGGUUAGUGGAGGGGGGUCUUCGUAUGAAUCUUCUAUCAUAUCAUGUGGUAAGUUGUGGGUAAAAUUGUGAUUUUGGGCGAGGCAUAAAUUACUCAAAAUUUUAAAGGUUUUUAAGUUGCUAAGACUUUUUAUUAUUGUCAUUUUGAUUUGUGACUAGAAUCACAGGACAGAAAGAAAGAACUCUCUGAAGAAGAGAGAGUCUGGUCUUGUUUAGAAUGAAAGCUUUGUUGUUGAAGUAUUAAUUGUGGGGGUAUAUUGGUUUGUGUUAUUGAAAUGUUGUUAUUGUUUUUCUAAAUCUAAAAUUACUCAUUAAUGAGUUAAUGUGAUUGAUCAUAUAUUGGAUCA